UUAUUUAUUUUAUGAGAGAGAGAGAGAGAGAGAGAGAGAGGGUCCGAAGGUCUGAGGGUCUGAGCCUGUGGCUUCAUCUCCUGUUGUUUGUACGCUAAACAAAAUCACGAUCUCCAAGAACACAACUUGCAGUUGUUCUCUGUGCUACUCAAACUCCAAGUUCCAGGUCCAGAAAAUCAGAAACUUACAGGGAAGAAAGCGGAAGAGGAGAUAAAAUGAAAAAAAUUAAGUAUUAAUCUUGUUAUGACUUAUGAGAAUAUGAUUACGAAGCGAAAAGCAGGAAUCUCUCUACGUCUUCUUGAUGUAUACGAACAAUAAGUAUAGUUAUGAGUUUUGAGAUAUCUCUAUAUAUCCAUCUUUGUAGUUAAAAUUUAAUUCUUAUCUUCUUGUCUGUGGGAAAAAAGAUUGAUUAUUGAUGGAGGGAAUGUACGGACUCCAAACGAGUCUGGAUUACACGGAGUCGCCGGAUAACUUAGUUUCAGCGGCGGAUUACCAGAGUUUGUUAAGUAGCGGUGCACUUGGAACCGAUCGAAUCCCGAUCUUUGGAGCGGAUCAGUUGUUCUCGGCGGCAGCUUUUACUACGCCUAAUGAAAUUCAAGCAAGAGGAGGAAGUGUUGGUGGUGGUGGAGAAGGAGGAGGAGGAGGAGGAGGUGGAGGUGGGGAAGAGGAACUGUCAAGUGUGAUAAAGGCGAAAAUCGCAUCUCAUCCUCGGUAUCCAAGACUCCUUGAAGCUUACAUCGAUUGUCAGAAGGUAGGAGCGCCACCGGAGAUAGCGUGCUUGUUAGACGAAAUCCGGCGAGAGAAUGAUGUCUGCAACGGAAACGCCGCUGCUGCUUCCACUUGCUUAGGUGUUGAUCCGGAGCUCGACGAAUUCAUGGAAACGUACUGUGAUAUGUUGGUGAAGUAUAAAUCUGAUCUCGCAAGGCCUUUUGAUGAAGCUACCUCCUUCUUGAACAAGAUUGAAAUACAACUCAGUAAUCUCUGCAAGGGUGUUUCUAGAAGCUCCAUUUCGGAUGAAGUUGCUGGAUCAUCUGAUGACGAAUUUAGUGGAGGAGAGAUGGAGGUUCAAGAGGUCCAGAGGAGAACUGAAGACCGAGAGCUUAAAGAUAAACUCUUACGCAAGUAUAGUGGUUGUAUCAGUAGCUUGAAGCAGGAAUUUUCAAAGAAAAAGAAGAAAGGAAAGCUCCCUAGAGAAGCAAGGCAAACACUUCUUGACUGGUGGAAUGUUCACUAUAAAUGGCCGUACCCAACGGAGGCUGAUAAGAUGGCACUAGCUGAGUCGACUGGGCUAGAUCAAAAGCAAAUAAACAAUUGGUUUAUAAACCAGCGGAAACGGCAUUGGAGACCAUCAGAAAACAUGCAAUUUGCUAUUGUGGACAGUCUUUCUGGACCCCUUUUUAUGGGUGACUGAGAUUGACUCUUGAACACAUAUGUCGUGUGUGUAUAUUCUUAAAUAUGAUCUUUGUUAUUACUGAA